AUGUGGAAGGCGGCAGAGAAGGUGCGCUUAUUCCGAAGUGAACGAAAUGAUGAACUUCUGUCAAAUCAAAUGCUUGCUGGUAUACCCGAGGUCGACUUAGGCAUCAAUGCAAGAAUGAGUAAUAUAAUUGAGACGGAGAAAAAGAAAAGCGAAAUGCUGAAGGAGGUCAUCGAAAAAAGGCGGAACCUUGCUGAAGACAGUUUGUUCAGCCAGGAUCGGGCCAAGAAUUUGGCCAAAAAUUAUGUACAGCAUUCAAUAUGUAAGUAUUUUUGCUUGGGAAUCUUUUGCUACUUUUCGUAUAUCAUCACUGUAUCGGCAGUGGAUUUAAGACAUGCUUAA